AUGAGUUUUCAAGUUGAUGGAGAGGUAGCCAGUUGUGGAGGCAGGCUCUUGAAAUUGAAUCAUGAGUCCAAAGAGACCAAAACUCAAAUGAGCGUGAACAUCUACUUGCCCCAGCAAUAUUACACGAAGCAAACGAGCAAGAUCCCGGUUAUAUACUACUUAUCGGGAUUGACUUGUAGCCCUCAAAAUGCGUCUGAAAAAGCAUUUUGGCAACCUCAGGCCGACAAAUACGGGUUUGCUGUUGUCUUUCCAGACACUUCACCUCGCGGUGAUGAGGUUCCAGAUGAUCCUGAAAAUGGGUGGGACUUCGGGCUUUCCGCUGGUUUUUAUGUUGACGCUACACAAGAUCCUUACAAGAAGAACUAUCGAAUGUUUAGUUAUGUUCACGACGAGCUGCCUCGCGCGCUACACCAGCAUUUCCAAAAACAAGGUUCUAGCUCCCAAUUGGACUUCUUGGACAAUAUCGCAAUCACGGGGCAUUCUAUGGGUGGUUUUGGAGCAAUUUCCGCAUUCCUACAGUUGCGCUCAGCUAAUAAAUACAAGUCUUGUUCUGCUUUUGCACCAAUGGUAAGUCCCUCAGGAGUCCAAUGGGGCGAAAAAGCUUUCGGAGGCUACUUGGGUAAUGAUAUCACCACGUGGAAGAAAUAUGACCCCGCCGCCCUGAUUCAAACCGUUAAAAACACUAAUAAUGACUACAUAUUGAUCCAUCAGGGCACUAGUGAUCCGUUUUACAAGAAGCAGUUGAAACCAGAACUUCUACAGCAAGCUGCCAAGGGCACCACUUGGGAAGGUAAAAUUGACGUUCAGUUGGUUGAUGGGUUUGAUCACUCGUACUAUUUUAUUAGCACAUUCGUCCCAAAACAUGCAGAAUUCCACGCCAAGAAUCUGGGUCUAAUCUGA